AGCCUGCCCAGUCCUUGAGGUGCAGAAGAAGAGUUUCACUGUUUGCAUCAGCAGCCGGCAGCAACAGAAAUAUGGUCCAGUGCUGAUGGCUCAGUCUGAGCUGUUCGUGACGAGAGCUUCCCCUGUGGAAGCGAGGCCCGUGGAGCUAGAUGUUCUGGGGUUCCUGCAACGUUUUGGGGAUGAAAACAGCACAGCUGAGAGAUGCUACCGCUCGCACUCCCACAGCAGCGUCCUCCAGGGUUUGCCAUUUGGUGGGGUUCCCACAGUCCUCGUCAUCAAUGUCGUAAUCUGGAUGUUUUUACUGCUGAUCUUCUCAUGUCUGAGGAAAGCUGCUUGGGACUACGGCCGCCUGGCUCUGCUGAUGGAGAAUGACAGUCUCACAUCCCUGUUUUAUGGAGAACCAAGUGAGAAAGAGAAGUCGCCUUCAGAAUCCAGUCCCUCUGACUCUGAGACCAAGGACAUGGGCUUCUGCUCAUGGCUGUCAUCUCUUUACCAUAUGAAGGAUGAGGAGAUCCGAAGUAAAUGUGGCAUUGAUGCCGUGACAUAUUUGUCCUUCCAGCGCCACAUCAUCCUGCUCAUGACAGUGGUUACCCUGCUGUCCUUGGCUGUAAUCCUGCCGGUCAACAUUUCCGGGAACCUCCUGGGAGACAGUCCCGAAAACUUUGGAAGAACAACCCUGGCGAAUGUUAGUGCAAAGGACAGCUUUCUGUGGCUGCACAGCGUCUUGGCUCUGGUUUACUUCAUUAUCACGUUGCUGUGUAUGGCUCACCAUUCGCUGCAACUGGAAUACAGAGAAGAUGAGAAGGUGGCUCGGACACUGAUGAUUACCUCCAUACCCAAGGAGAUCUCUGACCCAGGACUCAUCACCAAACAUUUCCAUGAGGCCUACCCAAGCUGCACUGUCACCGACAUCCGGUUCUGCUUUGACGUCCACAAGCUAAUGAGGCUGGACUUGGAGAGGCGCAAGGCAAUGAAAGGCAGGCUGUAUUUUGCCACAAAGUCCCAGAAGGAGGGAAAAAUCAUGAUCAAGACUCAUCCGUGUGCUCAGAUCUUCUGCUGUGACAUAUGCGGCUUUGAAAAGGUGGAUGCAGAGCAAUACUACAGUGAAUUAGAAGAGAAGCGCACAGAUGAGUUUAAUGCUGAGAAGAACCGCAUCACCAUGAAGAGGUUGGGCAUCGCCUUUGUGACCUUUCGCGAUGAGCGGAUGACUGCUGUCAUUGUGAAGGACUACGGUCGCGUGAACUGUCGUCGCAGGCCCCAGCAGUCCAGCAUCAGCACCGUGGUGCAGUCGCACAAAUGGGACGUCAGCUACGCACCUGCUCCAAGUGAUAUUAUAUGGGAAAACCUGUCAGUGUGUGGAUCUCGGUGGUGGCUCCGCUGCGUCCUCCUCAACAUCCUCCUCUUCCUGCUGCUCUUCUUCUUCACCACUCCUGCCAUCAUCGUCAACACCAUGGACAAGUUCAACGUCACAAGGCCCGUGGAGAGUCUGAGGAGCCCAGUCGUUACCGAGUUCUUCCCAACCCUUCUGCUGUGGGCGUUUUCAGUGCUCCUGCCCUUUGUUGUCUACUACUCCGCCUUCUUUGAGUCCCACUGGACCAGAUCUGGUGAGAAUCAAGUGACGAUGCACAAGUGUUUUUUCUUGCUGGUCUUCAUGGUCAUCAUCCUGCCUUCACUUGGUCUGUCCAGCCUUGACCUCUUGUUCACCUGGCUCUUUGAUGUCAACUUUCUGGAAGAGAAGGAUUUAAAAUUUCAGUGUGUGUUUCUUCCUGACAACGGCGCAUUUUUUGUAAACUACGUAAUUACAUCCAGUUUGAUUGGCACGGCUAUGGAAUUGCUACGUAUCCCUGCACUGACGGUGUACGCACUACGCCUCUGCUUUGCAAAAUCCCAAGCUGAGCGAAUUCAUGUCAAACGGAGUCAAGCUUAUGAGUUCCAGUUUGGCCUUGAGUACGCCUGGACCAUGUGUAUCUUUGCUGUCAGUAUGACCUACAGCAUCACGUGUCCCAUCAUUACACCCUUUGGUCUGCUCUAUGCGAUCCUGAAGCACAUGGUCGAUCGAUACAACAUCUACUAUGCUUAUGUUCCCACCAAACUCAACCAGCGAAUCCACAGAGCAGCCAUUAGCCAGGUCAUUGUAGCUCCCAUUCUCUGCAUGUUCUGGUUGCUCUUCUUCUCCGUGCUCCGAUUAGGUCCAAUGCAUCCGAUCACCCUCUUCACUUUAGUGUCCCACAUCUUCUGCAUUGUCUGUUAUCUCUUCCGCUUGUGCCUUAGGAAGCAACCAGACAAGUCAACAAGCUACCAGAUGUCUGAUCAACGUGGGACGCUCACUGAUGCAGACAGAAGUACCGUAACAUCCACCACCGCCUCCAGUCUUUUUGUGGCAUCUGUGUUGCUGGAGCCAGAGCUGGCUUUGACUCCGAUGCCCUCCCCGGCCCACCACAGCUAUGGCGCCAUGGCCAGCUCUCAGAGUUCAAACCAUGGGCCAGCGGAGGAAGAAGAAGGAGAGGGGGAACACACCCAGACCCGUGAGACUGAGCUCCAAGACCCACCAGACCUCUAUUGCUCCACCAUGCUCAUGGACAGCUCCAUGGGCUACCAGUAACACCAAAUCUCCACCCAAAACUGACUUCUACGUGUCCUUCAGCUGAAGAACACAGAUUACUAAAUGCCGCAAUGCUGCGUUUUCACCACUGACCUCAGACUCCAACUACGCUGCUGCCUCGGACUCUGAGACUAGACUGUGCUUGCUAGAAAGGCUGAAGAGCCUGAAGAGUAACGGAGCCUGAGAAUACAGGAGCUAAAUGCUCAUAAAUAUCACAGUUGCAGAAGAAAGCCAUUUGCCUAAACAAUCUGCCGAACCCAUCAGACACAGCUCAACAGAACAUGACACCAAGCUAAAUGUACAGAUUCUUUUAGCUAAAUGAUCAGAUGCUGAUACUGACUCUGUCUUCUUCUAUGGCUUAAUUUGCAAAUUAAAAAGGUUACAAGUAAUGCAGACUGGAAUAGAAAUGCAUUAUGGUUUCAGUCAGAGAUACUCUAUCCAUGCUGUGUCGCUUGGAAAUGAGUGGAGGCGAAAGUUCCCAUCAGAGUGGGUGGUGUGAGCAGGCUUGCCCCGACAGACUGACAGAGGGGUUUGGGCAUAGGUGAUAUCUGGUUGCUCUGUAGAAGAGCUCGGCAAGGCCGAGGGUGAGGGCAGCUAGUUGUGAAGCCAUCUGCAGUGAGACAGCAGACAGACGGACGGAGGGCCAAAUGUAACUCUGAGAUGUACUGUAAUAUAUGUACGCUCUAAACGGAGGCGCAAGCAGCUUGACUCAACCUAAAGCUUGUUGUAACUAUUAUCAAUAUAAGGUUGAUAUUUUUGCUACAGUAUUUUUGGUGUCAUUGAUAUUGUGCUUUGGGUUGGGGGCGGGAGGAAUCGAGGAUGUACAAUGAUUUGCAGAGAUGUCUCAUCUUAAUCAAAACCUUACCUAAUUAUGUUUCGACUGUACAUAUGGUCAAAGUGGAAUAGCUUGAGCUUUUUGGAAAUCUGCUAUCUCUUUUCUUGCUCACGGUUUGGUAAGAAAAUAAAGCAUGUAGCCUGUUAGCUUAGCUUAGCACAGGUUGGAGCUAAUGACCACUGAUUGUGCACUAAUUUUCUGGUAGGCGUAGCGAGAUACUCUGAGGGCAUUAUAUAGGGUAUAGUUUGGAAAGUACUUUUAAACGUCAAACUCACUUUACUGUUAGCAUUGUUAAGUCUUUGUGUAACGUUACUGAAACUUGGGGACUUGAAACAUGGAGAAAGGGCUAGCCUACAGGCAGAACCAGUAACUUUGUGGGGUGUUGAUGCCAAGAAUCUUGUCUUCACUUGUAGACACACACGGGCACCCUGGUAAGUAGUUAUUUCUAUAAUACUUUUUUUCAAGUCCACCUAAAGAAUGCAUGUGCAGUGGGUGCACUGUAGAGUAGCGUCUGGAUCAGUCUACACAGAAAAUAGGCAGGCACUUGGUUUUCUUUACAAAACCUGUAGUUUACCUUCUGAAAUUUAGAUCUCUUGGCCCCAGGGAGGCAUUUGUAUACACUGGUUAGGUACAGAGUCAUGGUAAAAACAAACUAAAUGUCUUUCAGUUCUGAGGUUUUAUUUAUCAGGACAUAAUAAAAAAAGUUAUGUCUUUAUAAGGUAACAAAAUUGGAUAAAUACAACCGAGGAUGAACAAUACAUGACAUAUUACAACAAGUCAUUAUUUAUUUAAAAAAAAUCUAAGCCAAAAAUGCAGAAGCAGUCCUCUGGAAAACUAAAUCCAUGUCAUGAUUCAGUAGCUUGUAGAAGCACAUUUAGCAGCAACAUCUUGAAGUCAUUCUUUUCUGUGCGAUGGCAUCAGUCUCUCAUAUUAUUCUGGAGAAAUAAUAGCUCACUCUUCUUUACAGAGUUGUUUCAGUUUAUUGAGGCAUUCAUUUAUGCACACCAUUUCAUUCAGGUUGAGGUCUGGUCUUUGACUGGGCCAACACUGAUUGCUUUCUUUUUCAGCCAUUCUGUUGUAGAUCUGUUGCUUUGUAUUGGAUCAUUGGCCUAUUAUGCAAACCAUUUUUGGUCGAGCUUUAGCUGUCGACCAGAUGGCCUCAUAUGUGAC